AUGAAUUAUAAUUCUUCACAAAAUAAUUUUAAUGUUUAUUUGCAACGUAAACAAACAAAUCAAGAUCGACCAAGGCAACACUUAUGUCAGAAAAGAUAUUUGGCGUCUUAUGAACAUAAUAAUAUUCAUAAACCAAUAGCAUUAUAUACACUAACGCCUUAUGAAUUAAAAAGAGUGUAAAGAGUCUAAUGUAAGAAAUGGAAAAAAAAUACAUACAAUAGUCAUUUAUAAAAUUUUAAUAAAAUAAAAGAUGCAUUUUUUAUUUAUCUAUUUCUCAACGGCAUCCACCGUAAUGACAACUUAAAAGGCAAUUGUUAAAUUUUUAGGCGUAUGGAAUAUUCCGGGGUUACCCCAUGCAUGAAUGAAUAUGGCGUCGCAAAGCCACACUUAUUAUUAAACAUAUAGAAAUUACCUAAUUCAAUAACGAUCGCUAUUAACG